CCGGAGCGGACCGCAAGUGCUGUGUGACCCCUGGACGUCUCCUGACAUCCGUCUUAUCCGUAUCACUCGCUUGGUCCGUCCCCUUCCUCUCACAGGCGUCUUUCUGCUUCCCCUUCUCGUCCUGUCGCACCGUCGCUGUCCAAGGUCCUGGAUCCCGCAGUCCAGCCGGCUUUGCGGCACUUCACCAAAACACAGUCUACUCGCCCUGUGAUGAUUUACAGCCGCUUUCACUGGAUUACACGUGUGUGGCAGAGAGGCAACGCCGCAAGUGAAUUAAGCAGCGCAGUGUAAUCUGGGGGCUGUUGGGAAAACAGCGAAUGCUCAACUGCCACCAGGGAGAAACAUGAUGAAUGAACUCGCUACUGAGUAGCAGAAGGCUGAUGACGGGAAUUCUGCUCGUGAGCAGGACGCCACGAACACGGUUCCGCAUGUCGCGAGCUCUGGCGAGGAAGUUGAAUGUGCUCCGCAUGUUGCAAACAAGUGAGAAGAGAAGAAGACACGAGCUGCCCACGGAUGCGCGCGGAUUCUGAGGCUUGUUUUUGAAGGAGAUGGAGGAUUUGUUAAAAACUCCUUAUCAUCAUCAUUUAUGAGUCUUUUCUUAAAAACCCGUUCAUACUAAAGUCACCGCGUUCCAGGAAAGCCAGUGAAGGAUCUAGUCAUUCCCUCAAUGCAUCAAAAGCACCAAAUGGAUUUGGAAACGUUUGGAUGGAAUUCGGGCUAACGUUACACUCGCUUGUGCUUUUCCCCUCCGCAGAAGAUUAGUUGUGGAUUUCUUUGCAGAAUUCUCUUGCGCCUGUGAAUUAACGCAUGAACAUGUGGGCUCCGUGAUGCUGACUCCGCGCUAGUCCCACUCCCAGAAUUUAGACAUCUAAUUCGCUCCCUCUUAAGGAAUUCCCUUCUAAAUGGAAUUAGUUGAACUCGAAGCCCGCUGUGAAAGGAGCAGACAUGGUACAAGGACUGGGGCUUCUUCACGUUGCUGCAAGCCUCCUCAUACUUGGGUUGCCUGGAGCAACCAAGAAGGAAGCAGUGCAGAACAAUUCCGGGGUGCAGCCUGCAGGGCAGUGUGGAACAUGGGUGAAAAAACCAGAGGGGGGGCAGUUCACAUCCCCCAAUUACCCCAACAAAUACCCCCCAGAGCGAGAAUGCAUUUACAUCAUUGAAGCCCCUCCGAGACAGUGUAUUGAUCUCUUCUUUGACGAAAAGUAUUCAAUAGAACCUUCAUGGGAAUGUAAAUUCGACCACAUCGAAGUCCGGGAUGGACCCUUUGGCUUCUCACCAAUCAUCGGACGCUACUGUGGCCAGCAGAGCCCUCAGUACAUACGGUCCAGCGGUCGCUACCUCUGGAUCAAAUUCGUUGCAGACGGUGAACUGGAGGCGAUAGGCUUCUCCGCAACCUACAGCUUCACAGCAGAUCCUGAUUUUAAAGACAUGGGGGUCCCCAAGCCUCUGCCUUUUUGUGAAUUCGAGAUGGGUGGACCCGAAGGCAUUAUAGAAUCGCAGCAGGUCACCCGAGAGGGCAAGGCCUCCCCGGCGGAGGCAGUAGACUGCAGGUGGUAUGUCCGAGCGCCUCCCAGCUCCAAGAUAUACUUGCGAUUUCUAGACUAUGAGAUGCAGAACUCUAACGAGUGCAAGCGUAACUUCGUGGCCGUGUAUGACGGCAGCAGCUCUGUGGAGAACCUGAAGAGCAAGUUCUGCAGCACGGUGGCCAACGACGUGAUGCUGAGCACGGCGAUCGGCGUGGUGCGCAUGUGGGCCGACGAAGGCAGCCGUCACAGCCACUUCCGCAUACUCUUCACCACAUUCAGACAGCCCCCCUGUGAGGCAGACACCUUCUUCUGUCACAGUAACAUGUGUAUCAACAACUCACUGGUGUGCAAUGGUGUGCAGAACUGCGUCUACCCCUGGGAUGAGAACCACUGUAAAGAGACGAGAAAGGCCAGCUUCCUGGACAACCUGAACAACACAAACGGGAGCAUUAUUGGCGUGACGUGCUGCGUGGUCCUUAUCCUGUUGGUGGUGUCCGUGGUAGUGCAGGUCAAGCAGCCCCGGAAAAAGUACCUGGUGCGCCGUGACGACUUCGACCCCACCGUUUUCCAGGAGGUAUUCCAGGAGGGUCCGGCGCACUACGAGCUGUGCACGCUCCGCAGUGCCACGGCGGCCUCGGCUGAGCUGGCCGAGCUGGCCGAGGACUUCGACAGCUACCACAGGCUCAGGUGCUCAUCUUCCCGCUGCCUGCACGACCACCACUUCCCCGUUUCCCAGCUGCCCAACGCCAGGGGUAGCCGCGGCAACCUGAGCCCCCACACCCCCACGCCACCGCCCCCCCCUCCACCGCCCGCCGCUGCCGCCAUCAUGACGGACCUACCGCCUCAACCCGCCAGGCCCCUCCUACCGCCCGUCGCCAGGCGUGGCAUCCUAGCCAUGAAGCACAGCUACCAGCAGGGGGCGCCAGAUACCUGCGACCUGGAGGAUGAGCUGGAAGAGGUGCCCACCACAAGCCACAGGCUGACCAGGCACGACACAACACUACAGCGCAGUCGUUUUUAAAGGCUGAAGGGACGCAGCAAGUGCUGAAGGCAUGUGCUCAGGUCCCCAUGCUCAGAUCCCUUUACAUGUCUAGAUCCCUGCAAACUGUACAGGAUCACGUGGCCAUUUAAAGAAGGUCAUCUGAGGUCAUCCACAUUCAUGGAGACAGCUCUGGAUACUAUCUGACAGAGACCUCUUUUGUUCAGAGGUUGCUUGUGAUAAACCUGUGUUUACUUUCCAACAAGGGCUCACACUUUUGGCUACAUUUCUUAACAGAUUUUUUUACAUAACAUACACCCAAGCCACCUUGAUUUAUCUAAAUGUUUGUGACAAAUAUAGGAUACAAGAAUGCACUUUAGUAAAACUGUAUAUAGAUAAGAUUGCAAUAUUUACAACUUCUGCUGUAGUAGUGAGAUAAAGAAACAGUCAUGGCAUGAUCCUGUUCUGAAUCUGAACUAACUUUACUGUCUUUUUGCAACCUGACUGCUUGAAGAAUUUAAGUGUUGUCAUACUGGCUUUGUUUAAAACAAAAGCAGUUAUCUGGGUGCACAUUUCAUGUGCUUUUACUUUGUGUCACUGAGAAUUUGAUUCAGUGUGUGCAUGCUAGAGGUUUAGGCACCAAACAGAAUAAUUAUUGAUGAUAAUUCUCUCUGUGCAAAGGGACAUUGAGAUAUUAAAAUGUAAGAGCCAUGAUAUUUCAGGUACUGCCUCAUUGGGUCUCUAAGCAAACAUGAAUCUGAAUACAACACAACUAGGGUGUAAGAGACAAUCAGAAGGUAAGACCU